AGGACUACAUGACAUUCUCAGUUAAAAAAAUAGGAGUCACAAUUAAUUGACGAUUCCAGAAUUGUAGUGGUUAAAUCAUUUAAUGUUCUCUCUCAGCUCAUCUUCUCAUGCCUACAGCUCUGACAAGAGAGUUUGGCACUCUGUAUUCAUCUGGGUUGAAUACAGCAGCUCAGCUUUCAGAUGAAAUCAAGUUAGCAUCACAGAGUAUUCAUUACAUGCUUGAUCUUAUGCUUUCAUCUGAGAACUCAACUAUUCUCUAGAGGGGAAGCAGUAUUCCUGACCAGACUCCUGUGGGCUGCAGGUCCACCUUUCUAAGGAUCAGAACACAAAAGAUGUUUUGUUUGGUUGAAGACAGAAGUACAGCCUUGUCUUGCUGGGACAGACAAAGCCUGUUUUCACUGUCUGUGGUAUCUAUUUUUCUGUUUUUGUGGGACUGUUCAACUUUUCUUCCAUAAUUCACAGAUAUAAGAAAACAGAAAUUGUAAAAACUCAUUAUUUCAAGAAAUAGUUGCAAACAUGAAUGUUUAUAUUUCUAAACAAUAGAAAUUUAUAAAUCCCGGUGAAAAACUUAAUCCUGUACCUAUUUGAACAAAAAGUGCUGUCCUACACCUUUUAUGUUUUGAGAACAGAAAGUAACACCAUCCCCUUUCAACCAUUUCUGUAGGUACUUGUGAGGGUACCUCUGUCAGGAGGGAUUUGUGCUGUACCUAUUUCCUCCAGGAACAGGAGGUCUCUGGAGGAUCUAACAAUUGGGAACUAGCUUUAAGUAAACUCAAUUCUGUUAAAAUUGGAAGGAAGGGGAAAGGAGGAAGAAAAAUAGAUGAAUCUGGGUAAACAUCACACAAUAGAAUUAAUGACAAGCAGGCAGGCAACAGGAUGGAGCUGAAGCCCAGCCUCCGAAUCCCUAACUCAUCACAUGCUGCUGGAAAACACCAGACGAACACAGGGGAAAGAGGCUGAAGUUACUGUCCCAUACACAUUUCACCAGGAGCAUUCAGACAAAAUCAGCUUGAAGAAAAAAAUGUGUUAAAGAGUUUAAUCUCUUGACAGAGCUACAAGUAGCCUUUUUCUGAAGAAUGGCAUUGAGCGACCUUCUUUACCCAGACAAUCCCAAGAGAAAGCAAGAAUUGAUCCAUUUGCAUCAGAAAUUGCUCGAGUGCAUGUCCACAAAUUUCCGUGCAACAAAUGAGCUGGUUGGAGUGCUGAAUGAACACCUGGGCUGUACCAUUUCCCACAUUCAGAUGAGAGAGAGCAGUACUGUCAAGGAAAACUGUGACAUAAUCAUUCAAGUGAUGAGUGAGAUUCAGCAUCAGGUACAGAAGAUUGAUAGUGACAUGAAGGAAAAGCUCGAGCCAGUGCUGUACCAGAAGCUAUAUGACAUCAAAGAGCCUGAAUUGGAGAAAAUUGCAAUAGCUCAGAAAGUUUUUUCCAUUAUUCUUGGAGAAGCAACUUCAACAGCUGGGAUGGUAGCUAUCAAACUUCUUGGCUCCAAUCUUUUAACUUUCACUGUGAGCAAGCUCAUCAGUCUCCUUGCACAGAUUGGGGCAUCUGUUCUUGGGGGAAUUAGCAUUACCAUUAUUGGCCUUGGCAUUGAAAUGAUCCUCCAUGCCAUCCUGGGAGCCGUGGAGAGGAAUGAGCUUCUGACAGCUGUGAGAAGCUACGAGAAGCACCUGGCUGAGUUUAAAGCAGCCUCAGAAAAGUACCAGCGUGCCAUACAUGAAGUGACUUCUUUGGUGAGAAAACAAGUUCAGUGAAUGAAGUCAGAGUUCUCUCUUCUCCUGUGACAGUGGCUGCAGCAGCUAUGCCUGAAGUAACCUUUUUGAUUCAUUAUCACAAAUGAACUACUGAUGGCUUUUUUUCUUAUUAGUGGCAGCAGAGCAAGAGAUGUGACAAUUCUGGGAACUGGCAAUGAAAUAUAUUAAUACGAAACUGGCUUAUAGGUGUUUCUGGAUGGCAAUGUUUCAAAUACUUUGUACCUUUCCUUCACUAUUUUCUGGAAUGCAUUGUAGAUAACCUUGAACUGUAAUUCAUACUAGUGACAAUAAUACUCACUGCUGGAGCAGUGGUGGUGAGGAGGUCUGAUUUUUCUCUAUGUUUCUAUAUACAUAUACAUAUAUAUACAUUUAUCAUAUACAACAUGAUGGGAGAAAACAAUUUCAAUAAGGCAAUCCAUGCCAACAUCUGGAGGCUUCAUCAGGACAGCUGUGGUUGCUAAACUCUUAGUGUGGAUUAGUGCUAAAUCUGAUAGACUGGAUUCCCUGUUCACUGAACUACUUAUAAGGACUAGCUGAAGCAUAUUUAGCUGCUAUUUCCUGUCCCAUCCCUGCCUAAGGAGCCAGCCAGAGAUCUUUAAAUAAACUCUAAUCCCAGUAGAUUGGCAGGGAAGAGAAGCCUGGGCCUACAGGCACACACACACAACCUGGCCCCACAGCUGAGAGAAACCAGCUGCCACGUUCCAGGUGUGCCUGGCUAUGAAUAACCUCUUAUGCUUGGUAAUGCUCUGCUCCUGCAAACCCACAGGUAAAAACUUCUUUGCAAAGCUGCUGUUUUGUUGACUGAAAUGGAAUCGUACAAAUGUACAAGUGCCUGUAGGAUUGCAGAUCUAUUAAUGCACUGAAGUUAUUUUCAAAUGCUUUACCCAGUCCCACUAAUGUGAGACUGCCAAGAGUAUGCUCAGAUUCUGCAUUUCACAAUAUGCUACCAAAUGUCCUUAUUUUUCAGAUUUUAAAACAAAAGAUGGAAGGAAGAACAUGAUUUGUAGUCUCUUGCUCUGAUUUGCUGUGGAUUGCUUUCUUUUGAUUUUAGAAAAAAAAAAAGGUAAUUUAAGACAAUAAAAAUGUACGUAUUGUAAG